UGGCAGCAGUCCUUGCAUGAUCUCUUUCAGAAAAGAAACUGAGGUCCACUUGUGUCUGCUCGGGUAUCUUCAUAUUAUCUCCCUUUGAACAAGCAAAGAUAUUGGAUUUGAAAUAUUCAAGUUCUUAAACGUGCCAAUCCUUAUGUUUAAGGCUGGAUAUGGCCAGGCAACUGGAAGACAUCAAGAUGCCACGGUUGUUAGUCAGGCCAAUCAUAAUUACUGAUCAUGCAGAUGAUUGAAGCCUGCCCCACUUGCAAAUUAACACAAGCUUAUAUCAAUUACUUUCAGGGCUUAACAUUUCAGUGUACACAAAUGCUCUACACCAGCACAGCUGACGUACAGUGCCUUACAACGUGUGUGUAAGCAAUUGCUGGGGCUGUCUGCCUCUAUUGAAAUGUCUACCCUAACGUAAUGGGAAAAUGUCAAUCCAGAGCUUAGCAGAGACAAGGUUGGCACCAAUUUCUUUUUUGAAGGUAGCAUGAAAGAUGCAAGAAGAGCAAUAGGUGGGGGGAGGUGAGGGCAGGGGAAUUGCUGCAUAUGAAAGAGCAUGGGGCAAGCUUAGGGAAGCUUGAAACUAACGUGUGAUCCAGAGAAGGAAAAAAGUUACGGAGCAGGGGAAAUACCCAGUAAUCAGUACUCCUGGCUGCUGAAAUCCCCACAGUGAGGAACACUAUCUCUGUUUCAAAUGCCUAACCUCCACUCCCCCAGCCAGACGUGUAAUUCGCAUCAAGUCCAAAAAGCUUUCGUCUAGCUACUGACACCACACGCACGUUUCACUAGUAUACAGAUCAAUCGGUGAUCUGAGCAGAUGCAUAUAACACGUGAAUAUGCACAUGAGUAAGGAGUUUGUAUAUUUCUAGGUAUCAUCCAUAUGUUUUCUAUGUUUUCUUGUUCCAUAUGCACAUCUAAAGAGUGGAGUCAUAAAACCUUAUCUUAAACUUGUACUAAAGUUAGUCCAUGCAAAUGAAAUUACAUAAUCUGCUGAUGCCUGCAGUUUAUGUUUUCACAAAUGCACCCACAAACACAUUUAUACUGACUUUUUUUUCAUCCCCUGCAGAGCAGAGCGACAAAAACAGCGCCCUCAUUAAACAGGAAAUGUUGGCCUUGCAGGUGAUGCUCAAUACUUUAGACUUCAAGAGAAAGGAAGUACUCAGUAAAAUAGGGCGUGUGAUUCAUGAAAUCGAUAUGCUUAUGAGCAACAUGCUGACUGAAGAGCUGCUAGACUGGAAGAGACGGCAGCAGAUUGCCUGCAUUGGGGGGCCUCUCCAUGGUGGGCUUGAUCAGCUCCAGAACUGUUUUACGCUGUUGGCAGAGAGUCUUUUUCAAGUUAGAAGGCAACUAGAGAAACUGGAUGAACUGUUGACCAGACUGACUUAUGACGGGGACCCGAUCCCAGUGCAGAGACCUCAGCUGCUGGAAAAAGUCAACUUUCUGCUCUACAACCUUUUUCGGAAUUCAUUCGUGGUUGAAAGGCAGCCCUGCAUGCCAACACAUCCCCAGAGGCCAAUGGUUCUUAAAACGUUAAUACAGUUCACUGUUAAAUUAAGGUUGCUAAUUAAAUUGCCAGAGCUGAACUAUCAGAUCAGAGUGAAAGCAACUAUUGACAAGAAUGUUUCAACUGUGAGUAAUCGUAGAUUCGUUCUGUGCGGAACACACGUGAAAGCAAUGAACAUGGAUGAAUCCGCAAACGGAAGCCUGUCAGUAGAAUUUCGACAUUUGCAACCCAAAGAAAUGAAAUCAAGUGCUGGAAGCAAAGGAAAUGAGGGCCCUCACAUGGUGACAGAGGAACUGCACUCCAUCAGCUUUGAAACACAGGUCUGCCUGUAUGGAUUGACUAUAAAUCUGGAAACCAGCUCUUUGCCUGUGGUGAUGAUUUCCAAUGUCAGCCAACUACCCAACGCAUGGGCUUCUAUUAUUUGGUACAAUCUGUCAACCAACGAUCCUCAGAAUUUAUCAUUCUUCAACAAUCCCCCUGCUGCCACUUUAAGUCAGCUCUUAGAAGUACUGAGCUGGCAGUUUUCAUCGUAUGUUGGUCGUGGACUCAAUUCCGAGCAGCUCAACAUGCUGGCAGAGAAGCUUGUGGGACAACAAGUCAGUUACAAUGAUUAUCAGCUGUCCUGGGCAAAGUUCUGCAAGGAACAUUUACCUGGAAAGUCUUUUACCUUUUGGGUUUGGCUGGAAGCCAUCCUGGACUUAAUUAAAAAACACAUACUUCCUCUUUGGAUCGAUGGGUACGUUAUGGGAUUUGUAAGCAAAGAGAAGGAACGAAUUUUGCUCAAAGACAAGACACCAGGAACAUUUUUAUUAAGGUUCAGUGAAAGCAAUCUGGGUGGAAUUACCUUUACUUGGGUGGAUCAGUUAGAAAACGGAGACGUAACAUUUCAUUCAGUGGAACCCUAUAACAAAGGUCGCUUAUCUGCACUGCCUUUUGCCGACAUUCUGCGCGAUUACAAAGUUAUUAUGGCAGACAACGUUCCUGAAAACCCUCUGAAGUAUCUGUAUCCAGACAUUCCCAAAGAUAAGGCCUUUGGCAAACACUACAGCUGUCAGCCAAAUGAAGUCUCAAAGCCCUCAGAUGGAGGAGGCAAAGGUUACGUUCCUUCUGUAUUUAUCCCAGUCUCCAAAAUCUUAAAUGAUUCUACAGAUCCACAUUCUCCAUCAGAUCUUCUUCCAAUGUCUCCAAGCGUUUAUGCUGUGCUGAGAGAACACCUGAGUCCCACAGUGAUUGAAACGGCCCUGAGUUCUCCUUAUUCAACUGACUGAAGCUCACAUAUUGGAAAAAUAAGUAAUCAUGCAAACACUGGAUGCGUUAAAGAUGCAGUAAAUUUUUUUUUUUCAUCAUCUUUGUAAAUCAGCAUUUCCUGGAAACCAUUAUGAUGUUACUCUUGGGCCUCUUUCUGUUAUCAGCACUCUCUAAAUCAGAAAUCUUCUCAGGGAUUACAAAUAGCCUCAGAAUUGUUAUCGUCACUGAUACAUAGCCAAAUCCUUCCCAGCUUGGAAGUCGUUUGACUUUAGUGGGGUCCAGCAGGGAUAAAUUUUACUUGCAGAAUUGCUGUAAAUAUGAGACUGUAAGAACAAAAUGUUUUGCUUCUGAGAACAGCAUAUAACUAAAGACAUUAAUGUGUUCAAGGAAAUUAGGAUUUAUUAUGUUCCUCUUUAAUCAUCAUCAUGCACUCCGUUGGUUUAGCUUUAGUUUUAAAAUAAAGAUUCUCGUCUCCCUGAAUUUGAACAUCCCAUAGGUGUCUGGGGUUUGCUUUUUUCCAAAGAUAAACUUAUCUUCAGCAUAGGUUUUUAUCUGCUACCACAGCAGAAGUUGCAGAAGGCAGGCAGGCAGACAAGGCUGGGAAGAAAAGGGAGUUCCAGAAGGGAAACAGACACAAAACUUAGGGUGGUGAAAAGGCUGGCUUCAUUUUGCCAAUGGAAGAGAGGGUUAGUAAAACUCGCCCCUCUCACAAAAUAAUUGUAGAAGUAAAUCUAUUUUUGCAUGAAGCACUCAGAUACUACAGCAAGUACUAUUGUAAAAGUCUACAAAGAAAAAAUCCUGAUCUGACAGAGUUUGGAUACUAUCUGGUAAACAUGGACUGGAAAGCACAGUUUUAAAAAAUAGUUACUGAAGAGCUGCAGCAUUUGCUGACCACUGGGCAAUUUAUGCUACAUGACAGAAUAUUACACCCUGGUCAGAGACUCAUUUAAUAAGCAGAAUAACUAGUUUUUGUAUAAAUGGUAAAUUGCCUUUUACUAUUUUUUUUUUCCUUUCAGGCACUGUUUAUUGCUGGGUUUGGGUUGUUUGGUUUUGUUGUUGUUUUUUCCCUCCUAAUAUUAUCCCUAAAACCUCUGUUAAGAGAAUAAUAAACAGGCAAUUCCAAGAUUGCUGUAUCUCAUAUAUGAAGGCUCAUUCGAGAUUUAAUUCUUGUCUGCAGAAUACAUAGUUAAUGUGUGCAAAGUUUUUAAAAUACAUACAGUUGAGCAUUUGCAUCUUACAGUCUUCUUGAGUAGGUACAAACUAGACAUCUGAGAUGAAAGCCUCCUUGAAUCAGUUAGACCUGGAUAUUACUUUCAUUUCUCCUUUUUUACUCACUCCUCUUCCCGAUGCUAUUGACGUUCGUUGAAUGCAAGUGAAUGGAAACAGGAAAAUGUGGUAUUCCUAUGAUACAUGGGAGUAAUUCUAAACUAACAAACACAUCUCUGUUUGUUAAUCUGGGUGAUUGAAAGCAAGCUGCAGAUAAUUCAUUUUCUCUCAGAAAGCAUCAUGUAUAAAUAAUUUUCCAAAACAACAGGAGCAAUGGUGUAUAUAGUUUGGUAACAUCUGUAAUUUAUAUGACCAGCAUGAAUAAAAACAGAUUUUUGGCUUAAAGUUGCA